AUGCAGCCAUGCACUGUUUCAAAUGAUCUAAAGGCUCAAAUCCCUGUUCUCCAUCGGCGUGGGCACUCCAUUAAACAUAUCUGCCAUCUACUUGGAGUAAAAAGCACUCUUGUGUACAAGGCCUUACAGCUCUGUCCCUUGACUUGGAGUUUACAGCACUCUCAUAUCCACAGCAAGCAUACAGGCUGGCGUCGCACCCUCACCAUUGAUGACAUUGCCUUCAUCACUGCCAUUCUUCGUCACCACCCUACUAUUUAUCUCGAUGAGCUACAGCAUGAAUUGCACUCUCGCCGUGGUGUGCUUGUGUCUCUGCAAACACUUCUUCGCACAUUUUCACAGUUACAUUUCAAGCACAAACACAUUUCCGCUUAUGCUCUCGAACAGAACUAA